AUGCCACGUAAGCUACGUAAGAAUAUGCGUAAGAGGAAGGGAGCAUUGAAACAUCCAAUAGUAAAACUGACACCACAACAACAGUUGCGACAACAAAUGAUGAAUGACCCCACUAUGUUGCAACAAAUGUCAAGCAACCCUAUGCUUUUAAACCGAGUUAUUGGUGCACAGAGUGGAGGUUUAAGAGCGGCACUUUUAGCGAAAAUGGCAGGCUAUGGUGGAGCUGCAGACGGAACAGCUUAUAACCCUCAAAGUCAAAUGAAUUUGAGUUCACUCAAAAAUCAAAUAACAGAUGUCAAAAAG